CUGGAGUGUGUGAUCACCUUCACCAACCCCUUAUCGGCCUCGUCGACCUCCGCCAGCAGUGAGAUGCUAGCGUGGGCCAGUGCCCAGAUCCACUGCCAGUUUCAUGCCAGCGAGAACCGGGUAGCGCUUCCUCCCUCGGAUGGCAGCAAGCACGAUGUGCAGGCAGAGAACGAGACAGUCUUUGUCCCCAACAGAGGAGAGCGUGGUCAGUGUAUCCUGUCCACCCCACCAAAGAUUCUCUUCUGUGACUUGCGACUGGAUCCCGGGGAGUCAAAGUCCUAUUCGUACUGUGAGACGCUGCCCAUAGAUGGCCCUCCCUCUUUCCGGGGGCAGUCAGUGAAGUACGUGUACAAGCUGACCAUCGGCUGCCAGCGUGUCAACUCCCCCAUCAAGCUCUUGCGUGUACCUUUCCGUGUCCUCGUGCUGCACGGGCUCAAGGAUUACCAGUUCCCACAGGAUGAGGCCGUUGCGCCCUCAAACCCCUUCCUGGAGGAGGAGGAGGGCUUGAAGAAAGACUCUCGCCUGGCAGACCUGGCCACAGAACUGCUCAUGGUGGCCACUUCCCGACGCAGCCUACACCUGUAUAACAUCAGCAACACUCGUGGUAAGGUGGGAACAUUCUGCAUCUUUAAGACGGUGUAUAAGAUCGGAGAGGAUGUCAUUGGAACCUUUAACUUCUCCGAAGGAGACAUCCCGUGUCUGCAGUUCUCAGUGAGCCUGCAGACGGAGGAGAGCAUCCAAGAGGAGUUCCAGCGCCGGCGAGGGCAACCCGUCUCCUUCAGCACGCACGCUCGACAUCAGGAGUCCUGCCUGCACACGGCCCAGAGCAGCUUCAGCCUGCCCAUCCCGCUCAGCUCUACCCCAGGACUCACCACCAACAUCGUGUCCCUGAAGUGGAGGCUGCACUUUGAAUUUGUGACCUCCAGGGAGUCAGCGGGGAAUUGUGUGCUUCGUGGGAGCCAGUCAGAGGCCGUCACCUGGACUGGGGUGGAGCAGAUGGAAGUAGACACUUUCAGCUGGGACUUGCCCAUCAAAGUCCUUCCCACCAACCCCAUCCUGGCUUCCUACGUAUCUCAGUUCUCCAGCACUAACUCCAUCACCAUCUGA